UGAGUCUGAAUAUAUUCGGUGCGUAAAAGAACUUCCCUCGAGCUGUAGAAUACCACGCGUCGCAUACCUAUUGGCCCAGUGAGCCGAAAAAAGCGAAGUGCAUCACCUCACCGCCGCCGACAGCCACAGGAAAAAGAGGGUAAGAAGAUGAAAAUCCUCAAACCCAACUGAAACUUCCAGUUGGGUUUUGGAGUUGUUAGAGAGAGAGGGAUUGACCCUGGUCUUAGAGAGUUAAAAAAAAAAAACGAUGGACAGAACUCACUCCAAGCUCUUCAAGAUCGUUCUCUCCCUCUUCGCUCUCAAUUGUCUCUCUCUCUCUGUCUACUUCUCCUUACCCUACCACCACCAAAACCACUCCGACCACCAUCGGCCUUCUCUUAACAACAACCUCCCCUCCUUGUUGGAUAGCCGGCAUCAUUUCCUCACGGAAAACCGCCCUACCCAGAAGGACAACCACCUCCAAAAUAAAAAUAAUAGUAAUUUUAGCAAUAAUCAUUACCUUAAACCGUGGCCGAUACUACCGUCUUAUCUCCCCUGGACUCGGAAUCGUAAAGUCUCAUUCCGCUCCUGCGAGGCCUACUUUGGCAACGGCUUCAACCGCCGCAUUGACAUCCUCCCCGCGAAUCCCGGUGGAUCUUCCGGGUGGUUCCGUUGUUUCUUCAGCGAGACGCUUCGGAGCUCCAUAUGCGAGGGAAGAAAUGUGCGGAUGGUGCCUGAAAGGAUACAUAUGUCCAAAGGAGGGGAGGCAAUAGAGGAGGUCAUGCGGAGAACGGAGGAAGAGGAGUUGCCUGAGUUCCAAAACGGUGCCUUUGAGGUUCUAGGGGUUGGAAGGAACGGUAAAAACCUUGUAGGAGAUUUCUUGGAUACUAGUGUCCCGGGGGGCGAGAUUACUAGGAAUACCAUGCGUGGAUUGAUUGGUUCAAUUCGUGCCGUGGAUAAUGAGGAAUUUGAGUGCGAUCAGUGGAUUGAGGAGCCAACACUUCUGGUUAUACGAUUUGAAUAUGCUAAUCUUUUUCACACGGUUACAGAUUGGUACAGUGCAUAUGUGUCUUCUAGAGUCACUGAAUUGCCUUAUCGACCUCAUGUGAUUUUUGUAGAUGGCCACUGCAGAGCACCUUUGGAUGAAACAUGGAGAGCACUUUUUUCAAGUGUCAGAUAUGCUAAAAACUUUACUGGUCCAGUUUGUUUUCGUCAUGUUGUUCUAUCUCCUCUGGGAUAUGAAACUGCACUCUUUAAGGGACUAAGCGAAGAUAUAGAUUGUGAAGGAGCAUCAGCGCAUGAUCUUUGGCAAAACCCUAAUGACCGAAAAACAGCCCGAUUAUCUGAGGUGGGAGAAAUGAUUAGAGCAGCUUCUGGCUUCUCUGUCAAUAGACAUGGUAGUGAAAAGCCUGUUUCAGGUCAUAAUGUCCUCUUUGUCAGACGUGAAGAUUAUUUAGCCCAUCCACGUCAUCAUGGUAAAGUUGAAUCAAGACUGAGCAAUGAAGGAGAAGUGUUCGAUUCAUUACAGAGUUGGGCAUCUAAUCAUGCGAGAUGCAACGUGAAUCUUGUCAAUGGAUUUUUUGCACACAUGUCUAUGAAGGAGCAAAUACGAGCCGUUCAAGAGGCUUCAGUUAUUAUUGGUGCUCAUGGUGCCGGUCUCACUCAUAUAAUUUCUGCAACACCAAAAACAGUAAUUUUAGAGAUCAUUAGCAGCCAGUUUAGGCGCCCACAUUUUCGAUUGAUUGCCCAGUGGAAAGGAUUGGAGUAUCAUGCCAUCAAUCUUGGUGGAUCGUAUGCUUCUCCAGCAGUUGUUAUUGACAGGCUUGAUAGAAUAAUGAAAAGCCUUGGGUGUUGAGCUCUUUUCCUAUUGUUUGAAAUUAUCCUUUUGUCUUAUUGCCGGGAAGGGGAAGCGGCAAGAAAUCCUUUCUGCUUGCAUUAUCAAAUCUUUGGGAGUCGUUCCUUUUUGUUCUGUCAUUUUAUCUCUUCCCAGACUUAUUAUCUCACAUGCUACUACUUUCUGCUACUUAGCAUGGCAAUGCAUGGUCAAGGGACCUGCGCGGUGGUAUUGUAAAGCGUAAAUAUAAUGUGAUCCUCGGAUCUGAUACUUAACGAAGAGAACUUAUCUUUUAUGUCGUUCUGUCUUCAAGAGGAGGAUGCCUUUCUUUAGGUGUGGUAUGUUAUCAUGACACUGAUCGGCAUCAUGCUUGGUAAUUAUUUACUGGUCUCUAGGAAAAGGAAAUGACAGGUUGAUACUUUGAUUUUUAUUGCAGAGCAACUGAUGAUUGCUUGUUAUUGUCUUGUAUAAUACAACAUUUUCAAAUGGAAUACACGAACUUUUUAUUUUUUGGCA